AUGGCGAGAUCAGGGCGGGAAGGGGAGGAACGGAAGCUGGUUCUGGGCAAGUACGAGCUGGGCCGCCUGCUGGGGCAGGGCACCUUCGCCAAGGUCUACUACGCGCGGGACCUGAGCGCCGCCGGCACCGCCGGCACGGGCAGCAGCAGCAGCGUGGCCAUCAAGGUGAUCGACAAGGCGCGGCUGCGGCGCACGGAGGGGAUGGUGGAGCAGCUGCGGCGGGAGAUCUCCAUCAUGCGGAUGGUGCGGCACCCCAACGUGGUGGCCAUCCGGGAGGUGCUCGCCAGCCGCUCCCGCGUCUUCGUCGUCAUGGAGUACGCGCGCGGCGGGGAGCUCUUCGCCAAGGUGGCCCGGGGCCGCCUCACCGAGGACCACGCGCGCCGCUACUUCCAGCAGCUCGUGGCCGCCGUCGGCUUCUGCCACCGCCGCGGCGUCGCGCACCGGGACCUCAAGCCCGAGAACCUGCUGCUGGACGAGGACGGCCGGCUCAAGGUCACCGACUUCGGGCUCGCCGCGCUGCCCGAGCAGCUGCGCCACGACGGCCUGCUCCACACGCAGUGCGGCACCCCCGCGUACGUCGCGCCCGAGGUGCUCAGGAAGCGCGGCUACGACGGCGCCCGCGCCGACCUCUGGUCCUGCGGCGUCGUGCUCUACGUCCUGCUCUGCGGAUUCCUCCCGUUCCAGCACGACAACUACGUCAAGAUGUACCAGAAGAUCUUCAAGGCCGACUACCAGGUGCCGCCCUGGGUCUCCGGCGACGCGCGACGCCUCAUCGCGCGCCUGCUCGUCGUCGACCCCGCCAAGCGCGCCUCCAUCGCGGAGAUCAUGUGCACGCCGUGGUUCAGGAAGGGCUUCGUGGCGCCCGUCCUUUCACCCCCGGUAACGCCCCCCAAGAAACGAUUGGACGCCGGAGACGACGACGGCGGUGCCCUCUUCGACACCGGCGGCGGCGACGACGACAACAGCAGCAGCAACUCUGCUGGCACCACCACCUCGCCUCGGUCCUGCAACGCGUUCCAGCUCAUCUCCUCCAUGUCCUCCGGGUUCGACCUGUCGGGGCUGUUCGAGAACGAGCAGAAGACCGCCACCGUGUUCACGGCCCGCGGGCCGGCGGCCACCGUGGUGGAGAAGCUGGAGUCCGUGGCACGCGCCCUGGGGUUCGAGAUCACCAGGGGGAAGGGCUGGAAGGUGAGGAUGGAGGCCAAGGCCGAGGGCACAAACGGGCGGCUCGCGGUCACCGCCGAGGUGCUCGAGGUGGCCGUGGACGUGGCGGUUGUCGAGUUCGCGCACGACGCCGGGGACGCGCUGGACUUCAACAAGUUCUGCGCGGUGGACGUCCGCCCGGGGCUCGCGGAAAUCGUCUGGGCGUGGCAGGGCGACAGCCCGCCCGCGCCGGCCGCCGCCGUCGGGACCGCGUGA